CUCCAUUAUGCGCAUGCGCAGUACUGUUUGUGUUACAGAAGAUGUCAUUCGCCAGAAGACUGCUCAUAAGCGCCCCUAAAACAGCGUUGUUUCACUCUCUCAAAACUGAGACCGUGAGAACAUGUUCAGCUCCUCUCACCUGCACUGCGCGCUACAGCAGCGCCUCUUCUACCAAAGAACAGCAUCAGAACCCCUCCAGCAGUCCAGCUGACAACGUCAAUCUCAGUGAAUCCUGUGUCAAGAGGCUUGCUGAGAUUAUGGGAAAGGGAGAGUAUCUGAGGAUAGCAGUGGAGGGAGGCGGAUGUUCAGGGUUCCAGUAUAAAUUCUCAGUGGAUACCGUUAAAAAUGAAGACGACAGAGUGUUUGAAAAAAAUGGUGUCGGGAUAAUAGUUGACCCGGACAGUCUGGAGUUUGUCAAAGGAUCCACUAUUGACUUCAGUCAGGAGCUCAUCCGUUCUUCCUUUCAGGUGUUGAAGAACCCACAGGCUGAACACGGCUGCUCGUGUGGCUCGUCCUUCUCUGUCAAAAUCUGACACCCAUCCUAUUUCCAUUUGUUAUAGUUUAUGAAGUUGUUAAUGCAUGUGCUUAUUGAAGAUCAGCCAGAAGCAUGAUAAUAAGCUAACGUGAGGGCUUCUGAUAUGUUAAAUCUAUUAAUAUGAGCACAGAUGAUAGAAGAAAAACCAAAUUCAGGCCCUGCAGUUGAUAGUGUGUUGUAUAUAAAGAAGAUUGUAAAUAUAUUUCUAAUAAAGUUAUAAUAUAAUAUGA